AUGCAAUUUAAUCGUUACUUGGGAGCGGUGCCGGAAUUGCUGGAGCGCAGUUGAUUCACGCCAGUUCGUCAUCCUUCUUUUCCUUGCAGCAAUCAUGCUAAAUCUUAUCAGACGUCUAUGCUACUCAACCAGUCGCAAAGUUUGCUACUCCCGAGCAGCGAAAGAGAAUGCUUGGUAGGAUAAUCGAUGGUUCAUGGCGUGUUUGUUUUGGAGUCACCGAACCAAAUACUGGACUCGAGACCUUGAAACUCAAAACCCAAGCAGUUCGUGACGGCGACAAUUACCGAAUAUCCGGGCAAAAAUAUGGAUCUCUUCUGCACAGGUGGCAACGAAGAUGAUACUUCUCGCAAGGACGACGCCUUUGGAAGACGUCAAGGAACCCUCGGAAGGCCUUUCGUUGUUCUUCAUAGAUUUUGACCAAGAGCAACCAGGUCUCGAGUUGAAACGGAUAAAGAAGAUGGGUGGGAGAGCAAUUGAUGCAAAUGAGGUAUUUUUUGACAACUACAUCGUUCCCAAGGAUUCCUUGACAGGAGAACAAGGCCAAGGAUUCAAGAUUGUUCUUCACGGGAUGAACGCUGAGAGAUGUCUCCUUGCUGGUGAGGCACUUGGCCUUGGGUAUGCCGCCUUACAUAGAGCCUCGAGCUAUGCAAAAGACAGAAUCGUGUUUGGACGUACGAUUGGUAUGAAUCAAGGAAUUCAACAUCCUCUCGCAGAAACUUUCAUGCACCUAGAAGCCGCCAAGCUUUCGACCUACCAUGCAGCAAGGUUAUACGACCAAUCUACAGAAGACAGAAGUAUUACUUCGACAGCUGUUGGUAUUGCCUGCAAUAGUGCAAAAUACCUAGCGGCGGAGGCGGCUUUCACAGCUUGUCAGAGGAGCGUACUGACUUUGGGGGGAAUGGGUUACGCUCAAGAGUAUCACGUGGAAAGGUAUCUGAGAGAGUGUUUUGUUCCUCGGAUUGCUCCUGUUUCUCGAGAAAUGAUUAUGAAUUAUGUAGCAGAGAAAGUUCUCGGACUGCCGAGAAGUUAUUGA